GUGGCUGGCCACUGGAUUAACACCAGGGAGGAAAUGGGGCUUGAUGGCUUCGAAUGCGGUGCCUGUGUGCAGAUCGUGGGCAAGAAGUAUUCAGAUCUGAACGCGCAGCGUGUGCAGGAGCUGUUCUUCACAGACGGCCUCAAACUGGACAUCGGCAUAGACUGGAAACAACCUCAGUGGGUGAACCAGCAUGGCGAUCUUGUAGGCAGCAAGACUGCCAGUGACACCUUCGUGGCGGAGUUGAUUCCUACGGCUGCCAUAGACCUGCGCCGAUACCGGGCGCAGGGAGCACAGAAUCUUUGCCUCACUGUUCAGAGCGACGCUUCGCUGGCGGGGGUAAGCUGCGGCCUCGAGUCGGAUGCGACAACAUGCCGCACCAGCGACGUGGGCAGCUACGUGGGCGCUGGCUGGGUCCUGGUGCGCCGUUCUCUCAAUGGCGCUUUCAAGAGGGCUGCCGGUUUGACCCGCAUCCACUCGAAGUACCAUGCGCACGUGCAUGGCCCUGCUUCAAACGAUCCUCUGGGACCUGAGUUUGCUCGAGGUUAUGACGCCACAGACUUUGACCAGUUCUUGUUUGCCACGGGUGAUUGCCAGAAGUGGAUGAUUAUGGAGAAAACAGAAGUCCUUGACAACUAUGGCUACGCCAACCAGUCAAGGAGAAUAUUGAAGUCGCACACGAGCAGCGUGCCUUACAGCGCCAGGAUGUACAGGGGAAGUGAUGCCUACAACGACCCUCUAUUCGGCUUCGGCAACCAAGACCCCAAUCCGGCCUUCGAAACCGUCUAUAUCCAUGGCGAUCCAUUCCCGGUCGCAGUGAAACCCCGUCCCGGUGCCACCACCUUGUACUCUGAGGAAAUGAGCAAUGGAGCGGCUUUCCAAGUGCCUUCGGCUCUCAGCCACCACGGCCUCAACGUCUUCAUCCGUACGGGCCGGUACGGGCUGCAUAGUUCUAAGAGCAAAGCUGAGACCGAUGCGACAACUUGCAACUCGAACGACGUGGGACAUGGCUGGAUUCUGGUUCGCCGCACUGAAUCCGGGAGGUUCUCUGCGAAUGAUGACUUGGCCGGAACGGCCGAAUAUGGCACGCCUCAUCAAAAUCCGCAGGGGUCUGCUUUCAGCCGCAGGUUUGACACGAUGAGUUUCGAUGAGUUCCUGUUCGCCACCGGCACCUGCCAGAAGUGGAUGAUUAUGAAAAAGUCACAGGUCCAGGGCAGGUACACCAAUGCCAAACGUGGGAUCUUGAAGUCGCACGUACAAGGUCAACCAUACGCCGCCAGAAUGUACAACCGUGGUGCGAUCGUUCCGGCAGACCCCCUGCUCAGCUUCGAAGAUCACAAUUCCAAUUGGGACACCGUUCUAUACGCGGA